CAAUACCAUCUCAACAAUUUGUAACUGUUCCUGGCCGUUCUUAUAUGAGGUUCAAAUCAAAUACAUUUACAGAAUGUCCAUUUCGUCUGCCUCUCACCCAGUUCGUCCAAUAUUUUUCUUUCUAUGCUGGUCUCAAUGACAUGACAUGCAUGAGGAAUCUUCGGCCGAGUCUUAAAAGCCGGCCUAAUUCUGAAGUAAUAAUACAAGAAAUUGAGUGUGAUGAUGAAUUGGAACAUGACGAUGAUGAAUGGGUCAAAACCGGCCUGGAGCAAUUGAGUUUGAUCAAGGAGAAAAGAUUGCCAGCAGGGUGCCAUGGUCAAUUGUAUCAACAAAGAAUGGCGAGAGCAUAUAGUAAGAAGUUGCGUCCACAAAAGUUCGAAAUGGGUCAGCAAGUGUUGAGGCGUAUUCUUCCACAUCAGGCUGAGGCCAAAAGCAAGUUCGCUCCAAAUUGGCAGGGGCCAUUUGUCGUUUCAAUGUGUUUAUCAAAUGCUGGCUAUUAUGAACUUAAUGCAGUGUUGCCUUUCUUAAAAAGAAUUAGUGAGGAUUUUCAGUAUUAG